AGCUGGAUGAGGGAGGACAACAAAGGGAAAAGGCAUCACUACAGGGAUCUUUGGGCACUGCCAGGGCACCGCGACCCCCUGCUGGCUAUCGUGCCAGCCUGGAAUACACAUCAGCAGGGACGGCUGUGGCCGCUCGGGGGACAUUUUAGCAGCGCCUCCUGGAUUGGGUAUGUUAGUCAGUGUCCUGCCCUGAUGGAUGCCACAGGAAAGUGACUGAAAGUUCUUGUGCCACACAAGGAGGCGGAGAAGGUGGCAGCUUCCCGGGCAGCAGCUGUGUCUGCUCAGUCCUGCUCGCUCAGCCCUUUGUGUCUGGAAAGAGAAAGGGCAGGGGGUGGUGGCUAUAAAGCAGCUAACGGGUCUGGGAAGUGGGACAUUGACAGGAAAUUUGGAGAGCAUCCGGCACCACAGAGAGAGGGAAGAAGGGACCGGAGGCAUGAGAGAGACGGACAUGGACACGGACCGCGCGAAAUGAAUAAUUUGGGCUCUGGGAAGGCCAGGCAUUGCCCUUGUGGAGCCUAAGGAAGGAGCUAUUGUAAUAUAUGCUGUGUGCACAUCUGUCAAGGAAGCGGCGACAUCUCUUACCUUCUUCUUUGUCAUUAUUCUUCCAUAACCUUUUCUUCACAAAUGUCUUCUACUACUAACAGGGAACAGCCCAUUUUUAGCACCAGAGCCCAUGUUUUUCAAAUUGAUCCUGUCACCAAAAAGAACUGGAUCCCAGCCAGCAAACAUGCCGCUACAGUAUCCUACUUCUUUGAUGCCACAAGAAAUGUGUAUCGGAUCAUUAGUGUGGGCGGCACCAAGGCUAUUAUCAACAGCACUAUUACUCCAAACAUGACCUUCACAAAGACGUCGCAGAAAUUUGGACAGUGGGCUGACAGCCGAGCAAACACUGUAUAUGGCUUGGGCUUUGCCUCAGAACAGAACUUGACACAGUUUGCAGAGAAGUUCCAGGAAGUGAGAGAGGCUGCCCGACUGGCAAGAGAGAAAUCUCAGGACAAAACCGAGCUGACAAAUCCAGCUCUCAAUAUCGCCGCACAGCAGAUAGUACCUUCUCCGAUCAUUAACAUCAAUGGACCAGGAGAUGAGAAGCUCUUCAGGAGCCAGAGUGCAGAGAUGGAGUUCAGUACAGAACGAGAACGGGUGAAGAAGAUGUUGUCAGAAGGAUCGGUGUGUGAGGUGCAGUGGGAAGCCGAGUUUUUCAGUCUUCAGGACAACAACAAUAAGUUGGUAGCUGCUUUGCGGGAAGCAAAUGCCAAUGUGGAGAAGUGGAAGAAGCAGCUGGCCGGAUAUCAGGAGGAGGCAGAAAAACUACGGCAAAGGGUUACGGAGCUGGAGAGCCAGUCUACAACGGUGCCUGCCACAGACCAGGAAAACGAACUUUCUGAACGCCUAAGAGAGCUCGAGAUGCAGCUUGCCAACAAAGAUGAGGAGAUCCUUCAGUUGAAAGGACAAAGACCUGACCUUACAGAGCUGGAGAGUGAAAGGGAUGAGCUACUACAGAAACUCCAAGAGCUGGAGGAUCGAAACCAAGAACUGGAGAAAGAGCUGCAGAAGGCAGAGCAGAGUUUGAACGAUACACACUUGGAAAGAGACAGGAUACGGGAAGAAAUCAGCAGAGCUGGGGAUGAGCUGGAUAUAAAAAUCUGUCAGCUUAAUGAAUUGCGUUUGGGGCUUUCCCAACUCCUAGAAGGAAACUGAAGACUGGAUGGAUGGCUUCUGAUUAAACUGCUGAUUAUGAUUGUAUAUCUAGUGGGAUUUGGGAUGGCAGCUGGACCAUUCCUAACUCCUAGUAAGAGACAGAUGAUCCUGGAGUACAAUAGUCACCACUUGUUAAUCUACAGUAUUUACUGGCUUUAUGUCUGUAAAUGUUAGCUGUCUCGCUCAGACAGCUGUAGAGGUAGAAAACCAGGUCCAAGUCCAGCCUAUUUACUUGCUAUUACCUAUACUUCUGCUGCAAUUCUAAUAGAAAAUAGAAGUUUCCCUUUCUCUGCAGUUUGUACUAAUUUCCAACCAGGAACAAAAGCCAUGAAACAAAACCAAAAGGAAUAUCUGAUGUAUGCCCAUGUAAUACAAUUACUAUUCCCUAUGGUGAGAGAUAUCAACAGAAUACAUUCACUGUGCAUUUCCACAUAAUAAACCAGCUUUAUAAGGUCAAAAACAACUUAGAACCCCACAAAAUCCGGGACCAGCUAUGUCAAUGCCUUAAAAAUAUAACUGGACUGUUACCAUUCUCUGACAAGGGGGACAUACAUAGACACAGGUAUUGUAUUCUAGCCAGUUUCAUUAAAGGUACUUAUCAAAUGGUAAAGGAUAAUGAUAUUGCCUACGCUAUAAUCAGACACACAUCUCAGUGGAUUUGACUUUCAGGGAUAAUCCGUUUUAGCUAGAAUAUGAAAUGCAGUGAAGAGAAUUAAAAAUGAUCAUACCGACAUUUUGGUUUUGAAAUAUUUGCAUAGCACAUGGCAUCACUUCUGGCUAGAACGCAGCUUACAUACAUUACAACCUACAGGGUGGGUGAUUUCAGGUAAUACA